AUGGGUGCAUUGUGGUUGUCCAGCAUUCCAGCCGCCACAGAUGGUGAGAAGCUACGUCAGGGACGUCUUCACUACUGUAACGUCUGUGAUUACAAAACGGAUCAGUCAUGUAACCUAAAGGUACACCUGAGGGUUCACACGGGCGAGCGGCCCUUCAAAUGCCAUCUCUGCACCAAGAGCUUCUCGGUAAACAGCACACUGAAGAAGCACCUGCGUACCCACACGGGCGAGCGUCCGUACAAGUGCGACCAUUGCUCACUGAGCUUCUCACUGAGAGACACCUUGAAGAAUCACCUGCGCAUUCACACAGGUGAAAGACCUUACACGUGUAACCUGUGCCACCGGAGCUUCCCAGCAAGGCGUACGCUGAGGGAGCACCUGCGCACCCACACGGGCGAGCGGCCAUACAAGUGCAACAUAUGCCCUCACAGCUUCUCCCAAAGCAGCUCGCUGCAAAAUCACCUGCUUACCCACUCGAGUGAGCGGUCAUACAAAUGCCCUUCAUGCCCUCAGGCAUUCAAGCGCAAAGACAGCCUCAAGAAACACAUGCAUUACCAUGAACGUCAAUUUUCCAGUGGCAGCCAGUUCAGAUGCACCCUCCUGUCCAACUGCUGCUGUGGUCAGAUGUUUCGCUACUCCUUUAGUCUGAGGGCCAAAGUUGAAUUCAGCCAUGCAGAUUCUGCAGCAGCUAGCAAGGAGGAAUCACCUCUGGGAGAGUGUGGUAUGGAGCUAAAGGCCGUUCAGAUAAAGUUGUUGACUCGGGAUGCCUUAAAGGCCAACUGCAGUGCUUUGGGGUCUUCCAACAGUCCACCAACUACAGAUGGUGAGCAGCCAUGCCAAGGACGCCUCCUGCACUGUGAACUGUGCGACUACAAGACGGAGCGUUCGUAUAAUCUGAGAGUACAUGCCCUGCUUCACACGGGAGAGCGACCGCAUAAAUGCCACCUAUGCCCCCAGAGCUUCUUACAAAGCCACAAUCUGACCAAGCACCUGCGCACCCACACGCAGGAACGGCCAUAUAAAUGCCACAUAUGCGCCAAGACCUUCCCGGAAAUGUGCAGAGUGAAAUAUCACCUGCGCACUCAUACAGGCGAGCGACCAUAUAAAUGCCAGGUAUGCUUCAAGAGCUUUGCAUUAAACGCAACACUGAGGACUCACCAACUCACUCAUGCGGAUGAGCGGCAGUAUCAAUGCCCUUCGUGUCCUCAGAAGUUUGUGCGGCGUAACCACCUCAAAAGGCACUACCAUAGACGGCACGAACAGGAGUGACUCAUGUCAGUGCAUGUUCUGUUUUUCAAGGUUUUUUGUAAAGGUACAAUUGAUGGGUUGUUCCAGAGCAUUGUGACAGUGUUGGGUUAUGCAGGACAACAUUAAAGCAGUGGUCCUAGUUGUGGUACCUCAGCUUCAUUAUUGUGUGCAGAGCAUUGUUACGCAUGCAGCAGAGUGUAGUCAUGUUGUUUGUUUAUUUUUAUGGUGCUUCCUUGGAGUGUUCUUCAUUCACUAGUCGAAUAUUCAUAGUGUAAUAGGCGCUGUGAAAAUGUGUGUGUUUGUACUGAUGAGCUGCCACACCUCUGCAUUGUCUAUUCAAUAUCCUAUGCGCAUUCACUUGAAUACGCAUGACAGGCCAUGAGCUCUGCACAAGUACGUUAUGUAAAACGUGCUUGUGGGCUAGUUAGUUGACCGUUAUGGCAUAUGGCAGCACACACCAGGUGAAACGACAAACACGAGUGCAAAAAGGACAACACAAGAAGCAUUAAAAAGAAUGUUCAACGCUUGUGUGUUCCCUUUUGUUUUCGUGUUUGCCGCUUCACCCGGUGUGCACUGUCAUAUACAUUGUGUAGUAAUUGGGGUCUGGUUAUGGAAUCUACCCGUGUGACGUUCAUGCUUCAUAGCAUUAUAAAGUAAGUCUUGUUGCAGUAACUAUAAUGUGGACACUGCAAGAAAAUUGUAGCUGUCAGUGUGGUAGUAUUUCAUAUCAAGUCCACAUGUGAAUGGAUGCUAUCCCACACUACCCAUGCUUUACAGAGGGGUCUGGAAGAAAAGCGUGUAAGAAUGUGCACCAUCAUCGUGCACCAGAGAUGCAGGGAAACAACUGGCAGAGAGGGGAAAAUAAAAGUGAUGCUCCGUACCGCUAUAAUAACCUCUAUAACAAAACUACCUAAUUACACGCUAACCUAACCUAAUUUAAAAAACGGGCAGCUGUGCACUAGUGGUGCCAAGCCUGAAGGAAGAGUGCAGCUGGGGUGGCCUUCUUUGUUUCUCUGUAUUUUUCUUUAUCUUUCUCUCUGUUUCUUGUAUUUCUUUUUUGUAUCUGCUUGUUUGUAAAAGAGAUCUCCGGUUGGCUACCCUACCCGGUACUAGGAGAAAAGAAAAAUACUGUGAAAGGGACGAUAAAUGCAGAGGACACAAGGAAAUGAAUCUACACGAUGUGGUUAACGCAGCUUUUGUAGAAUGCCAUCUACAAGCUUAGCACCAUUUUGUCAAAACAGUAAAAUGAGUGAGAUAGCUCGGCGACAAGCAAUGCCCUUGCCUCUACGCAUGAUAAGAUUUGCUUUCGUGCCUCCAUAGUUUUUAAGCGUCUUAGCAUUGUGAAUAGACAAGUGCAAGCACAUAUUUCAUGACACUACUAAAAUAUUUUUCUUAUGCCUUGGCCAUUUCUUUUAAACUUGUAAUUGAAGUAGACACUUGAAAGGCGUGGCACAAGGUUACAAAUUAGAAGAAAAGCUGAAGGGAUAGGGAGAUUCCCUGGUUGUGAUCUGCAUACUUUUCUGGUUUUUCUUGCACGUGCGGCGAGUGGUCUAAGUCUUCACAUGCCUUUGAAAAUCCUUUAUAUUCUGAGUUGGCAUUGUUUCUGUUCCUUCCUUUUCUCUUCUCAUUUGUAACCUUGCACCACAUCUUUCAAGAAGCUCUGCACCUAAUGGCCCAACAUAGUGUAUCGAUGUGUACUGCGAAUAUGGUGGCAAUGUCAGUUCCAGUGACGUCGCACCUUUUGCAGCUCUCUGCUGAUGUUUUUGCUGAUGGUUGUCGUGAUAAGUCCGGAGAAGGAGUCACACUUUGUUGCUAGACAUCAAAAUUUGAAUAACCUCUGAGCCACCUUUUCUCUGUCAAAAUUCAUCACAGUAUUUCUUGCAAGCAUGCAAAGCUCAUGCUGUGGUUAGUUUAACGUGUGAUUUUGGUGUAUACACUCUUUUAGUGAAUGCCCUGUUCAUAAACAACACAUUGUAACACUGUCGUAUCACAUAAAGUUCACUUAAUAUUUAUGUCGUCUGAUGUCUCACUCUUCUAAAGCAAGUUAACGGGCUGGUAUUUAUCUAAUUAUUGGUCAAAAAGACUGUGCAAUGUUACUUUUUGUUAUGACUGUGCACUUGUCACUCUUCUUACAUUUGUGUAACUAGCACCUUCUGUAGUGUCGCUUGGCUGAAUGAUAAUAUUUCACUUAAGGGUCACAAUUUGUUACAUCUAUUUUCUGUAUGUGUAAUCUUUUUUGGAACCUUCUUUUUAUUCCGUAUAAUUAUAUUCUAGCUUUCUUUGUCCUCUUGCGUACAAGAACUUCUUUGUACCAGCUAUGCAUUCAACAUUCUGUAAGUCCUGUAAGCACAUUUUGUCACACUUAAUAAAUUAGUAUUUCUAAUAUUAUGUGUUGUUUACAUAUCAAUGUUCACACUAAAAGCAUGUCCGAUGAUAUCCACCUUAAUAUGCCUGGCAACCCCACUACUAGCCAAAAUAUCAGUG